AUGCAACCGCGAAGAAGCUCCCGUCUAAAUCGAGGCUCAUCUGGUGCUGGAAGCUCAUCUCAGCCUCUCUCGUCACAGCCGCAGUCUUCUCCACCGGCACGGAAGCGAGUUCGUCGGCGUCCAUCGCGCGAUGUAUCACCGGAGCGUGUUGAGCCGGAGAAUGAGUCACUCUCGGAGACUGACUCUGAUAAUGGCAUUGAGAAUCCUAUGGGUGAAGCUGAGACCCUUGCGAAUCGAGCUAAGGAGGAGCGAUAUCAUGAAAAUCGCCUCAUGUAUCGGACCAAGCUCGAUUUGUACCCCGAGCUAAUGGAACCACACAAGACGCCUCUUACUCCCCGAUUCUUCUCUAUGGCGGCUACAGAGCGAUUCCAGGGACUCAAGACGAGGAAAUUCAUCAAUCAACAUCGUAUCUCUCUUACCGAUGCGAACCUGGCCGAUGUUCGGAGUAUUGUGGAGAAUGCAGGAUUACUUCAUACUCUCACCGACGUUGAUGCCUAUCAACCAACUGUGGUAAGAGAAUUCAUAACUAAUCUCUUGGAGGCCUCUGAACGCGAUGUUGGUGUAGCUGUGUAUCUUAGGGGGUCGAUGAUAGAUUUCUCACCAAGCUUGAUUAAUGCCAUCUACUGCAUCCCUGGAUUUGAGGAUGAUCCUAACUGGUUGGAUGAAGGUAUUGGUAAAGUGUGUGGGUUCCUCACUGAUGGGCAGAUAAACCGAUGGGAAAACAUGAGCUCCAAGUUUCUCACCCCGACGAAUCAGGUGCUGUACAAGCUGGUUUGCACCAACUGGAUUCCAACAAUGAACUACACCAACAUGAAUCAAGCUCGUUUGAAGUUUGUGUAUAUGCUUCAUCACAAUGAAGAUGGUUUCAACUUUGGGAAGCUGGUAUAUGAUCAGAUCAUAAAGAUGGCUGAAAACACUAAGAAGAAAAAGUCUCGAAGGAUGAUGUUUCCUACUCUGAUUCAGCAAGUCAUCAACUUCCAGAGGAUUGUCCCCAUUGACUAUCCGACUGAUGAGUUUACCGGCUUCCCUAAGCUGGUGGUGAAAGACAUCAAAGCAGGGCGUGGCACUGGAGCAGACACACGAUCUGCAACCCUUGAGGAAGACAUUGAACGCACCAUCGCUGAUCUCAAAGCCAUUCACAUUCGUCUGAGGAGGGGAGAAUACUCUCGAUAUGCUCCACCUCCCACCGGGAAUCGAGAGGAUGAAGUAGCUGAAGAUACCGAAGAGCUGAGUCAAGCUGGUGACACUGAGGAGCUUAGUCGAAGCUUAUCUUUCUGA